AUGAGGGAAUUCAGACUACAUGAUAUAGUACUAUAUUUCAUUCUUGUGGCCAUUUAUAUGGUUUCAAACUAUCCAGUUCAAGCAGUGAUAGCAUACUUCGCAAGAAACAUCAUCUUUUUUUUACAUCUUGCUCUAGAUAUUGCUAUCAAGGGAUACAUCGAACCUUUGAAUGCCAAAGAUAAUGUAUCGCAGAAGGGUACCCUUUAUCAGCACAUUCUCACCAGAGUGUUUAGAUCAUUCAUUGAAAGAAUUCACAGCUUCAGUAAGGCAGACCCCAGCUAUUCUUUUGUUGCCGACGAGGUCUGGAAAAGAUGGUUUGAUAUUCGAUCCUUUGUACAAUGUCAUAAUGGUGUUGACCUGAGCCGUUAUGAAAAUGCACCAGAAGGAAUAUGGAUUCGCAAAAACUUCCGUCCUGAAGGUGACCCAGUAGAUCUCAUCUUGAUAUAUGUCCCAAAUAUUGCCGUAUUUGGUAGUCAGCCCUACAUAUAUCUAGAAUACUUGGCCACUCUUCAUGGAUUGCUUAUGCUCCAAGGAUUUGACAACCCAGCAAUUAUAAUUACAAAAUUUCCCGAGAAUCUUAGCAUACAGGACUACCAACAGCACAUAGAGUAUCUUACAGAAGUUUGGACAAAUAUAAAACGAAAUGCGCCUCCAGAUACCCAAAUAGUCCUAUAUGGUGAUUCCAUAGGUGCUACACUCAUCCUCAGUUUUCUUCUUGCCAGUGCUAGUCGUCAAGAUCUUGGCAAACCGGCUGCAGCAAUUCUUGUUUCUCCAAUACCGAUAUGGCAAUUAUACCACAAUACCAAUCUCUCACGCGCUGCAAACUUGGAUUUUGUUACCGGUCCUGCUAUCGAAAAUGCUCUCAGAUGGUGCUUACCGGAAAAGGAAAUUAAGGAUUUCGGCCUUUCUAGCAUAUCGGGAGUUGAAUUAUGGAAGCAGUCUCUGCCCCAAAAAGGUGUAGUAAUUACAUGGGGAAGUGAUGAGUACGUUUCCAAUGAAAUUGAGAAUCUUGGUCAACUGCUUUCUAAGUGUGGUAGAGUUAAACUAUGGAAGAGGAGAGAUGCUACUCACUGUUGGCCUAUUAUGUCUUUCUUGACAGAAGAUUCUCAAAGCGAGAAGGAAGAUAGUUGUUUUAUAAUUGCUGGAAUCAUAUCCAGAAUAGCCCUUUGGGAUACUCCCAAAUACUUAGAUCCUGUAUCUUUGCGUGAGCCGAUGAAUGUGCUAACCAUAGAUGAUCAUCAUGUAUGA